AACCGACCCGGAAGCGAAAUGAGGGGGAACUUCCGUUCUUUGUUCUGUCCCCGGUGUGUGGGUCUGUGACAGGGUCCAACAGGCCCUGGUCCGUGUCCGGUCCCCCAAAUCUGUCGUCCCUGUCCCCCAGGCGUUGGCAUCAACAAAAGUCAGAAUUCCUGGGAACUUGAAGAGAGGCUGCUAAAUUCCCAGUAAUUGCUCCUUUGGCCUUCUAGGGACUGACUUCAAAGAAGGAAGGAAAUAAUCAGGCAGUGCUUCCUCAUUCUCCUUCAAAACCUGCUUCCUGCUGAGUCUGCACGUAGGAGACGAGAGAGCACCUUGCCCUUCCAUGGAAACUCAGGCCGAUCUCGUAUCUCAGGAACCUCAGGCCCUGCUUGAGAGUGCUCUUCCUUCAAAAGUUCCUGCCUUUUCCGACAAGGACAGCCUGGGGGAUGAGAUGUUGGCAGCUGCACUCCUAAAGGCCAAGUCCCAGGAGCUGGUAACCUUUGAGGAUGUAGCCGUGUACUUCAUCCGGAAGGAGUGGAAGCGUUUGGAACCUGCUCAGAGGGACCUCUAUAGAGAUGUGAUGCUGGAGAAUUACGGCAACGUGUUCUCACUGGACUGGAUACACAUCAGUUUAACUAUGCAAAAGGUAAUGCUGGCAUGGUUUACUGGGACCCUAAGUGUGGGGAAGGGACUCUGGUCCAGUGAACUGGCGAGUGUGGAACCUCCUGACACCUUCUGAGGACCUCCUGCCUGUCGUGUUACUGUGGAGCUCUCACUCCUCAGGCAUCCCCUGAUGUUGAGUGACACAAACUCUAUCACUGGAAUCAAUGCUGCUGCAACGA